AUGAUGAGAGGUGCAAGAGGGACUGAAUCGGCUAAUGGGAAGGAUAGAGAAGAGAUAAGGAGAGCUGCGAGAGGGUCUGAAAUGGGUUAUGGGAAGGAUGGAGGUGGUGGUGUUGGAGUGAAGAGAGAAUGGACGAGAGUAUCACAAAGAGCUUUGGUGGUUAUAAAGGACGAAGAGGAAGAAGGAGAUGAGGAGGACUAUAACAAUUUUAAAGAGUUGACUGAUAGUGAUGAAGUUGACGAUGAGGAUGAAGAUGAGAGCGAGGAGGAAGACAAUAUUGCUGAUGACGUGUUUGAGAAGGAAAAAGUUUUGUCUCAAUCACCCUCAAGCUCGCUUUGGAGAAGUGAUGCCUAUCUUAGUGAAAGCAGGUUUGUUCAAUGUUCCAUCUCUCCAUUGUCGAUGAAAGGACUUAAAGAUGCUGGAUAUGAAAAGAUGACUGUGGUACAGGAGGCAACUCUUCCUGUCAUUCUGGAAGGUCUGAGCACAAUCUAG